AUGGCGAUGAACUUUGUGACAUUCAACCAAGACUACAGCUACCUGGCUGUUGCCACCGCGAAGGGAUUCCGCAUUUUCACCACCGAUCCAUUUGCUAAGAGCUAUGAAACGAAAGAAGGCAAUAUCGCGGUGAUCGAGAUGCUCUUCUCGACCUCGUUGGUGGCACUUAUUCUUUCACCUCGGCGGUUACAGAUCACGAACACCAAGCGCCAGUGCACAAUAUGUGAAUUGACAUUUCCGACAACGGUUCUGGCUGUCAAGUUGAAUCGUAAACGUCUCGUCAUUGUGCUGGAGGAUCAGAUCUACGUCUAUGACAUCCAAACGAUGAAGCUUUUGUCCACGAUCGAUACGUCGCCCAACCCGCACGCACCGUCAUCGGAUAAUUGUUAUAUGGCAUAUCCUUUGCCCCAAAAGGCCCCUGCGACGGUUAAGCAACCGGCUCAUGCUCCACCUGGGACAACGCAUGUCUCACCUACUACCGGCGAUGUGCUGAUCUUCGAUGCAGAGAAGCUCGAAGCUAUCAAUGUCAUUGAAGCUCAUCGGUCCCCCUUGGCCUGUAUCACUCUGAACAGCGACGGAUCUCUGCUUGCAACUGCUUCGGACAAGGGAACUAUCAUCCGCGUGUUCUCGGUUCCCGACGGCCACAAGUUGUACCAAUUCCGACGCGGCUCGAUGCCCUCACGGAUUUACAGCAUGUCCUUUAACACCACCUCCACACUUCUCUGCGUCUCUUCGUCGACGGAAACCAUCCACUUGUUCAAGCUGACACAGCAAGGACCUUCAUCGGAUGCAUCCUCAGCGCAUUCACCUGUCGGUCGCAACGCCAGCAUUGGGGCUAGCUCAUUUGGAAGUGGCCAAGACGAAGAUGAGCCGAGCGACCCGGAUCAGGCAGCCAGAAGGCACAAUGGUACUCUGAUCGGAAUGAUCCGACGAACGUCUCAAAACGUUGGAGGAGCUGUGGCUGCUCGCGUGGGUGGCUACCUUCCCAGGGGCGUCAGCGAGAUGUGGGAGCCGGCACGGGACUUUGCAUGGAUAAAACUCCCCCGAUCGCAGGGGCCUGCUGCGCCCGGGAACAAUGGGCCACUUCGGAGUGUGGUCGCCAUGAGCAGCAACACGCCUCAAGUGAUGGUCGUGACCAGUGAUGGGAACUUUUACGUUUUCAAUAUCGACCUGUCGAAGGGUGGGGAGGGAACCCUCACCAAGCAAUAUUCAGUUGUCGACUCGAAUGACAGGCUUGGCACGAUGGAUUACUAA